UGAAAGGGACUGUGCAAUGGCUGGUUAGACAUGCUCAAUGCCGCUGUGAAACUGCACCUGUGGGACCAUACAUUUGAAUGACAUUCCAGCUCAGGACACACAGGAGAACUGUAACAUCCCAGAACGGAAAUAAAAUUUGUCUUGUUUUCGGGGCUCUGCUGUAUGUUUCACACAAGCUCAAGCGCCACAAACUUCAGGAUGUUGGUCUGGUGGUUUCUGGGUAUGGUUGGUGCAGUUACAAUCUCAAAAGGCCUGGCUAGAGAAUGUGAUGACUUCACACGCCUGCACUUCCACAACUCUUUUAUUGGAACCAGCUUACGCGUGAGGUUUCUGCUGUACACACGGGCGAACGAGAGCUGCGGGCUGGAGCUCUCACAUCACAACGUGUCAGAAACUGCCCUGUUCAACCUGACACGUCGCACCGCCUUCGUGAUCCAUGGCUACAGACUUACGGGGUCACCACCAAUAUGGCUCGAUGAAAUUGUGAAGAAGCUGCUCGCCCAGGAGGAUAUGAAUGUGCUGGUGUUUGACUGGAAUUACGGCGCUGCAAACCUUAACUACUUAAUCGCUGUCCGCAACAUGCGCAAAGCAGCAGAUAAUGCCACUGCCUUCAUCCAGCAGAUGCAGGAAAAUGGGGCCUCCCUGAGUUCCAUCCACAUGAUUGGUGUCAGCCUUGGGGCACAUCUCGCUGGCUUUGUGGGGAAAAAAUUCAAAAAUUCAAAAAUUCAUGGGAAAAUUGGAAGGAUCACAGCACUGGACCCAGCUGGACCUGAGUUCACCAACAACCCUCCAGAGGACCGUUUGGACGUGACAGAUGCCCAGUUUGUGGAUGUUGUGCAUACUGACAUGGAUGCUCUUGGGUUCAGGGCGCCACUGGGACACAUUGAUUUCUAUGCUAAUGGAGGAGCUGACCAGCCUGGCUGUCCCAAGACCAUCUUUUCAGGGAAGCAAUACUUUAUAUGUGACCACCAGCGGGCCGUGUACCUCUUCCUCUGCUCUUUGGAUAAGGACUGCAAUAUCACAGCCUACCCCUGCUCCUCCUACGACGACUUCCUAGAUGGGAAAUGCACACAGUGUGAUACCUUCAAGCCCGCUCCCUGCCCGAUACUCGGUUAUUACGUUACUGAGUGGAAGGACACACUUCUGCAGCUGAAUCAGACGAAGGCAUUCUUCUCCACCACUGACAAGAAUCCUUAUUUCAAGACCUACUACCAGGUAGAUAUUGUGCCCUGGAAUAAACCCAUUCGCUGGGGAGUGCUCACCAUUAAGCUGCAUAAUGGUACAGAUGUGGCAGAGGCCAAGAUCAACCAUAAAUCCACCAAGUUUGAGCAAUAUAAGUCAACUCGAAUGCUGGCCCAGUUUGACAAAAACCUACAGACAAUCCGAAAAAUCUCACUUCAAUUCUCUACGGGGAACGUGGCUGGCCCUAGCUACAAACUGCGCCUGCUUCGCUUCCAGCUCAGGUCCCUGGAGCACUUUGACAGACCAGUGCUCUGUCGGUACGACAUAAUCCUAGAGGACAACGUGGACGUUUCUUUCAGACCCAUACCCUGUGAGACGUCUGACUUCUGAAACAAAACCAGGUGGCAAUUCAGGGAAUCCUAUGCACUUUGAAGAAUCCAGCUUCUGGACCAGCAGCAGGGAACUUUCUACUUAACCCAGAAUCACUGAUUCUAAGGAGUCUUGCCUCUGAGCCAGGGUAGUGAAUACAAUUGUGAAUACAGAGCCUUGAUAUCCAACCAGGGUUGGUAUCUGAUGAUAGUACCACAGGUCGCUAAUGUCUGAGGACCUGAUGCCUCACUAGCUACUUCAGACUGUUUGUUUCAGAUUUUUCUCGUUAUCAUUCAUGCAAUUAUAUAGACUAUAUUAUAUUUAUAACUCCUUAUAUAUCCUCUGCUGUAACUGUGUAGACUACUGCGAUCACUGAAGGCACAUAACAGGUGAUUUUGUGUCAAAAUUUGUUCAAAAAAAUUGGAAAUGAGGGAUUUGCUUUUGUUACUUUUCUAUGUAUAUCUUUUCUUUUUUCAUCUGGUAUGAUUGACAGCUGCGGAUGAGUUUUCAAAGUGAGUGUUUUGUUUUUUAAAUGAACCAGUUGUUACUUGAAAGUGGAUUCCAUAAGUAAUCAAAUCAACUGUAAUUAUUUUUGUACUAAGCUUUUUGUACUUUUAUUAGUCUAUGUACAUUGCCAGAUUAUAAAAAACAGUAUUGCAUUUUUUUUGUUCAAUUAUUGAAAUUAUCGUUUAAUAACUUUAAACAGUGUGCAUCUUGACAUGGAACAAAAUCGUUUUUUCCAAUAUAUAAAUAAUUGUUGAAUCUGAUCUCAAAAGUUGAA